AUGGAAAGUGUGAGUGAACUCCAGAAUCCCCUGUUGGCCAAGAACAAUGGACACCUUCAUGGCAGUUACAGUUACCACCAGGAUUAUCCUGGCCACCGUUGCCAGGGUAAACUGUACUCCUAUAUCUUCCAAAAUUCUGGUAAUGCGAGGACUCACCAACUGCUGGAUGCCAGUUCUCUUCAGCUGGCUGUUGAAGCAUUGUACGGCCCAAAUUUCAUCCUGGUGAAGGAUGAGACCAGUGUCAAAGUCAAGGACAACAAAGGUGAGAGUUGUGAGACAGCCUUCAUGGGAAACAAAGAGCAUCCUGCUGAGGCCUCUGAUAUGCAAGAAACCCAAGGGAGGUCCCUGAUGGAAAAUGACAUCAAAAUCCAGACAGUGUCCUAUGAAGUGGAAGAGGAGGAAUUGCAAGAAUAUGAGGUAAAUUUUGGAGGCUGUGAACCUAUCUUGGGACUUAUUUCUGAGUAACCAUGCUUAGGACAGAGAAGUAAAUAUAGAAAAUAUAAUAAUUGUGAUGUAUGUACAUGAUAGUAGGAAGAACUGAGGUAAAUGUUGCAUGGGAACUUCUCACACCUGAGAGACAGCUUCCCUUAUUUCUGAGGAAUUAAGCCUGAGGGUUUAAUGCAGGGGUGAGCAACUGUGGUCUUAGGCCUCAGCCUAAGUUUAGGUGGCCCUCAGCCUGAUUUCAAAAACCCUCUGCAAGCGAUCAGUUCAGACCUCCUGGCAAGAUGAGAAAGGGGGGGAACCACACCUUCUUUUGGUUCUGGCCCCACACAUCACUGACUUCAGCUGCACCCAGAGUUGCCAUGCAGCCCCUGACAGAUUACCCCAAAGAGAAUGCCCCUCUCAAAAGAAAAAGGGUUUUCCACCAUAAUAUAAUACAUUAAGAAUAAUACGACUAGAAAUAAUUAUAGAGAGGUGUGUAGUUAGAAUGAAUUAUUUUAAUAAGCUUGUUUUAGGCUCACAUCCAGAAUUUCUAAUCCAUUUUAGCUCACAAUUUAUCAAUUUUAGUCCUAAUGCAAGCGAGGGACAUUGCUAAAGAUGAAAAACGGCCCUGUUUCACUGGCACUCAAGAAAAAUAAUUUUCCAUGGAAAUCCCAAAUCCCCAGCUAGUGAGCUGAGAAUUUAGCUUGAAAGAAAAACGAUAAUCUAUUUCCACGCAGUGAUUUCUGUUAGGAUUUUGCCCCACGUCCGAGUGGCUGGAGAAGAUGUGGUUUAUUAUAUAAACUCUGCAAAGCCUUCCCCCCGCCCUUCUUCUCCUGUGUGAAACUGUUAAGAAGGAGAAUAUGUGAAAGUAGAGCUGAAAAGAAGAAGGUCAAAUGAGAGAGUGGGGAGUGAGGGAAGACUGUAAAAUACUUAACGAGAGGAAGAGUAGGAGGGUGAAAAAUGCUACUUAAAUGCCAUGGUGGUGAUAGAUGUCCUAGAAAUAUUAUAUCAAGACAAUGUUGGCAGAAGCAGCUUUCGGUCAGGGAAGAGAGAAAUCAGUAGGACGCCUAUUGCUUCGCAUCAAGGGCUGGAGCUGACAGCAGUGACUGGGGGCUUCUAACACGGUUUCUGUUAUUAUUAUCAUCACUUCCAGCAUCAUCACUGUUAUUAUUAUAUUGCAGCUUUCUGGGUUACUAUUUCACACUGAGUUAUUUAAUAACGAAAGUGUCCUUAAGCACACUUAACUUGAAAGCAACUUCCAUUAAAAUGAAUGGAACUUUCUUCCAAGUGAAUAAGCUUGGGAUUGAGCUAUAAAGCAACGGCAGCCGGCAGUAUAGUACAAAUCAAACAGUUGCAAUUCUUUAUCAUCUGGUCCCAAGGUGGCACUUGGGAACGGCUUGCUUUAUCGGGAGAGAUACCUCUUGUUGAGGCAUCGCCUCCGACAUUAUCAGGAAGUAGCUCCAGAAGGGAUAGGACACAAAAAAAUCAGAUGUUUAUUCCAUUUUGCUAUAAGUAUAUGCCAGUAUCUCCAUUGAUUUAAAUUGACAAGUCUUGGUGUUUCAGUUUUUCAGAAAUAAUCUAAAAGGUAUUCAAGACUUGUCUCCCAUUCUUAAUGUUUUUAGAAUGUUGCACUAUUUUAGUGUUGUUAGCCGCCCUGAGCCCAGCUUCGGCUGGGGAGGGCGGGACAUAAAUAAAAUUUAUUAUUAUUAUUAUUAUUAUUAUUAUUAAUAAUAAUAAUAAUAAUAAUACUGGGGAUCUCCCUGGUAGUAUCAAUAGUAACUGUAUCCUUUCUAUGGCAAUUUGGUAAUAUAGCCAUGAAUCCAACCAUCCUUUAAUCUCAGAACUUCUCCAUGUCAACUUGUCAGUCUAAAUCUGGGGCCCUCAACAUGGUGCUGAUGGACAGAGUAGCACCCUCAGACACACACCCCUUAGCACCCAUCAAGGCACCUUGCCACUCCCAUUUUUUACUGUUUCUUUUAAGUGGGGUGUUGGGAUGGUGGUCGGGGGUUUGCCUGUUUUUUUUUCUAGGGGGUGUAGCUUUCUUUCUUUGGAUGCUGUUCUUCUAACUUGUUUUUAUCAGUGCAAGGAUUUCCACUUGUACAAUGGAACUGCCCCCCACCCUGUGUAUGCCUUGUAUGGUACCCUUCCCAAAUCUGCUCCAGAGGUUUUGGAGGAAACCCAGAACAGAUUUAGGGACUGCACAGGAGAGGAAGUGGGGAAUUCAGUUGCACUUGUUGCAAUCCUUGCUCUUAUGGUACGAGCGAGUUGGAUACUGUUCCGUGGGGGCAGGUGAGUUGGGGAGGAUAAAUGUUUUGGAAUGGGGUAUUUUGUGGCGUCCACAAUAGUUUCUUAAACCUCCAAUUUUGCUUCUGGGCCCAAAAAGGUUGAGGACCCCAUGCCUACAUAUUUCAUUAUUCUUUUGAUUCAUAGCUGGGUAGUUAAAGUACCAGUAAUUUCCAUUUGCAGGAUUGGCACAGCCAGACUUAAUUGUCAAUCUUAGUAAUUCCCAUAGUCAUUCAGGGAAUGUGACAGAUUCAAAUUCUCAAUAGUCUUACCCUGGAAAAGCCCAUUAGAAUUAAGGCUCCCUUCUGAAACAAGUGAUUUGAGGACAUCUUUGUUGAGCUGGCAUAAUGAGGAUACCAGCUUCCUCUAGGGUUCCUAUUUAACCAUCCAUCUUAUUUAUCCAGCUCAAUUAUGUUUGUAUGGAUUAUUUGUUUAGAUUUCCAAGUGCAUUCAUCAGUUGCACAUUUUUUUGAUGUUGUGUUUUAGGAUAAGCAUGUUGUAAGACAAGAUACAUAUAGACAUAUAGAAUGCCAGUAAUGCAUAGAUUGCUGAAAACCACCAGUCUCUUACUCCCAAUAGUCUCACUGAAGUCCUACUGAGGUCUAUGAAAUACCUGCCAGACCACUCCAGAUUAAAUGGUUUGUGGACUGAAGCCAAGAAGAUUAUUCUCAAUCAGCAUACUAAGCAGUACAUCUGCUGCCUAAUAGACAUCAAGUAUUUUCAGUCUGAAGACGGGGAAGUAUGGUGAUGAUUGAGGUGGUGCCCUGUAUAUCAUCUCUGUUGGACAUCCAGUUCCCAAAAGAUCAUUCAUAUUAGCCGCUGUUCCUUGGCAGAUAAACAUCCUAGCUCAUAGAGGCUGACUCUGUAUCACUUGAAUGUGUGAUGGACUCGUCCCGCCGACACUCCCCUCACAGCGCUUCCUGCCCCAUGAAGUUCAUCUGCCUGCUGCUAUAUAUCAGGAGAGAAAGUGUUGUCACAGCAGCAACAUCAAACAUGUGUAGUGUAAAUUGAUUACAUGUUCUGCUGCUGCUGAAUACUCUGUGGGUCAGACUUACAGUGUGCCAUUGCCUUGAUUUGCUUUCCAGAGUGACUCCUCCAGUGACAGCGAGAGUGAAGAUCAUUUUCUGAUGCUUCCCCCACGAGACCACCUGGGCUUGGCAAUUUUUUCAAUGCUCUGUUGUUUCUGGCCUCUGGGAAUUGCUGCUUUCUACUUUUCUCAAGGGGUAAGAAUUUGCGUGUGCUGAUGUUUCCUGCUAUGUACUGAGUUCUUCUUGUCUCAGGAAACUAUUUUAUAAAAGGCCUGUCAGGGCUGGAUUCACUACUGUGCCAAGUAUAUUGCAGUCCCACCCAACUAGGACCCCUGCUAACAUGAAAUUAUCUGGGAAGUUGCUGGGAUGUGGAGUGUGUGUGUGUGUGUGUGUGUGUGUGUGUGUGUCUAGCUACCUAAUGCCAACCCAAAACAUGUCGGUGCUUGAUGGAAAAAAUGCAAGUGUCACUCCAUAUUUUACUAAAAAUUUCCUACCACAGGGAAAAUUUUGCCACCAUUCAUCCCUCACCUCCCCCUUUAAUGCUACCCCCAAAUUUGUCCUCAUUCUAUCAAAUGAUAGGGCUGUUCUUGUAUCAGGCUCAAAACAGUGCUUGGAUCCCCAUCACAUGGCAAAGGAGCAGCGUCCAUGUUGUCAUGAAGCCAACAGGAUUUGCUCUCUGCAUUGCAGCGCAUUUCAAGUGCGACUUAUGGGAGUGCAUGGCUUUAUGUGUGAAAGUCACGUGGGAUUCAACUGAUAGCUCCUAAUAGGAUCAACUGUUCUUUAAAGCAACACUAAAACCUCACAAGGUAACUGUAAGCACUGCUAUUCCCAACCUGUAAGAAAAAGAAGCUGAACUAUCCAGAAGGGAAGAUGGAUCGGACUGUUGCACAGUGGUACCUCGUGUUACGGACGGGAUCUGUUCCAGAGGCCCAUCCGUAAGAUGAAAUUCCCGCAACUCGAAGCGCUGUGUCUGCUCAGGUGCGCAGCGUGAUUUGGCGCGCAUGCGCGAAGUGCGAUUUAGCAUUUCUGUGCAUGCGCGAGCGGCGAAACCCGGAAGUAACCCAUUCCAGUACUUUCGGGUUGCCAUGGGACGUAACGCAAAAGUACGCAACACGAGGUAUGACUGUACAUUGAAUAGCUGUGCAAAAAAGAGUUUUUGGCAAGUACAGCCUUUCCACUUUUAUUCAUCGGCUAAAUUUUCUAUACUGUCAACAUUUUUUUAAAAAAUCAUGGCAGUAAGCAGCAUAAAAUCAAUCAUGAAACUACAUUUGUAAAACAAGGCCACUGUGAGAACAAGAUACUGGACUAGAUGAGGCACUGCGCUAAUCUAGCAGGCUCUUGUGUGCUUAAAAGACAUCACAAAUCUCUAGAUAACAUUAAUACAUCAAUGAAGCUGGAUAAAAGGAAAGGUGAACAGAAGUGUUUGAAACAAGUGCCUCAAUGCCAAUACUGUAGGUGCCUACCUGAUGCUCCCUGGAAGCACAUUCCAAAGGGUAGGUGCCACCACACUAAAGGCCUUGUUUUUAGUGAGCAUAAGACAAACUUGAGGAGCAUACAGCAUACAGCACUAGUAGAGUGUCUCCCCCAAGGAUUAAAUUGGCCAGGCAAGAUAUGGUAUUCCCAGAAAUAACCCAUUACUCCGGGCUUUAUAUAAAGGUAAAGGUAAAGGGACCCCUGACCAUUAGGUCCAGUCGUGGCUGACUCUGGGGUUGCGGCGCUCAUCUCACUUUACUGGCCGAGGGAGCCAGCGUACAGCUUCUGGGUCAUGUGGCCAGCAUGACUAAGCCGCUUCUGGUGAACCAGAGCAUCGCAUGGAAACACCGUUUACCUUCCUGCCAGAGCGGUACCUAUUUAUCUAGUUGCACUUUGACAUGCUUUCGAACUGCUAAGUUGGCAGGAGCAGGGACUGAGCAACGGGAGCUCACCCCGUCGUGGGGAUUCGAACCGCCAACUUUCUGAUUGGCAAGUCCUAGGCUCUGUGGUUUAACCCACAGUGCCACCCGCGUCUCAGGGCUUUAUAUACCCAUAGCAAAACCUUAAAGUUGCCCUAGUAAUGUAGUGGUAGAUAGUGCAGAUCUUCCAGCACAGGCGUUACAAAGAACACCCACUUCAGCAGCCUUGUGGCACUAUGGCAUCAUCGCAAACAUAUAUCUGCUGAUCAUCCCUCUUCUAACUGUUAAAGGUUACAGGAGCCCACUCUCCUUUUGCUUCUGGCUGCUCUCCUUGUAAAUGAAACACCUGUUUCUGCAUUUUAUGUAGUUAAAGAAUAUAUGGCCUGCCGUCUGACAAAUUGUCAGAGUAACUUAAAUAAAGUGUAUUCCAGCAAACUACAGUCUACUCAGAAGGUAAACCUGAACUUCAAUCACGUAUCCGAAUGGAGAACAUUACAUGCAGGAAGGGAGCAGGGCAGACAGAGAACUCCACAUACAGCCAAGCACAUUUAACAGCCACCAUCUCAGGAGAAUUUAUUUUCACUGUUCCCGGCACACACACAAAAUGCUAUUCCUUAAGCAUUAUUUUUGGCCAUAUAUCAAUUCUCUGCUACAUCACUCCAGCCACAGAAUGACAAAGCUCUGGAACAGAUGGCCAAGAGUCUUCAACAUGGUCAGUGAAAACUUGUCAGCAGCAGUGGUGCUCUGGCAGGGGCACAGCUCUGGGCCUUUUUUCAGAGCAGGAGCAAUGACAUCAUCUCCCGGAAUGCCAGGGCAAUUGAUCGACUUUCCUUGCUCCAGGAAGAGAAUGAGGUGAUGGUGAGCCUUUCAAGUUUUACAUUUGACAACUUAGCAGUAAGGAAGUCAGAGAAUACUCAUGCAGAGGCUCUAAAAUUCUUUCAUUUUCUUUGAUGGUGUUCCUAUUUCAUACCAAUGGUUUAAGUGGUAUAAUUUCCUUGCAAGAUUUUCUAAUUAAAAGCUAAAUGUUGCACUUCAGCUGUCUCAAUGUGUUUUACAAGUUAUUAAAGCUCAUUGUGUUUUACAAGCUGAAUCUCUAUGGUCAGAAAUAAGCAUCAGUGAGUUCAUUGGAGCUUAUUUCUAAGUAACUAUGCAUGGAAUUGCAGUCAUGCUACAGAGAAUGGUAAGAUGGGUUAUCUUGUCUUAAGUAGAGCUAGGAACCUGCAGAAGCACACAGCCUUGUGAGUAUGGGGCAGUGGUGGGGAACCUGUGGCCCUCCAGAAGUUGUUGGACUCCAACUCCCAUCAGCCCCAGCUAACAUGGCCAGUGAACAGGGAUGCUGGGAGCUGCAGUUGAAUAACAUAUGGAGGGCCACAAGCUUCCUAUACCUGCUGUAAGGCCAGUCAUAAUGAGCUGCUGUUCUUCAAAAUUUACCACUACACCAUAUUUCAAAUACAACCUCACCAGUGAUUUACACCAUGAUAUCAAAUUUUCCCUGUAUUUAGUCAAGAAAAGGAAAGAAACCUGCCAAACACAUCCAAAAAAAUAGCUUGUAAAUCACAUUAUGAUUAUCCAACAUUCAAAGUCUUUCUUCCUCUCUCCUUUCAAGUCUCAAAGCCGACAAUGUAGCCACCCUGGCUAUACUCACUACAAUAGAUGGGCAGGAUAUACAACUGCUUAAAUAAACAAAAAUAUUGUCCCCAAACUUUGUAUUCAUGAAUUGAAUGGCAAUUCUAUUAUUCUUUUUCAUCCUACAUCACCACCCAAUUCUUCCCUGCUAUGACAAUGCUUCUGAGCUUGGUCUCAUUCACAAAUUUCACCAGUAACCUCCUGUUCUUCUCCUCAGGAUCCAUAAUGAAUAGGGAAUGUGUCUCCCAAUAGUGACUGCAGAGGAAGUUCACUUGUCAGGAAGCUGCCCUAUACCAAUUCAGACCAUUGGUGCAUCUAGCUCAGUAUCACCUUUACUGAGGGACGCGGGUGGCUCUGUGGUCUAAACCACUGAGCCUCUUGGGCUUGCCGAUAGGAAGGUCGGCGGUUCAAAUCCCCACAACGGGGUGAGCUCCCUUUGCUCUGUCCCAGCUCCUGCCAACCUAGCAGUUCAAAAGCACGCCAGUGCAAGUAGAUAAAUAGGUACCACUGUGGCGGGAAGGUAAAUGGCGUUUCCGUGUCACGGUGUUCUGUUGCGCCAGAAGCGGUUUAGUCAUGCUGGCCACAUGACCCAGAAAGCUGUCUGUGGACAAACACCAGCUCCCUCGGCCUGAAAGCAAGAUGAACGCUGCAACCCCGUAGUCACCUUUGACUGGACUUAACUAUCCAGGGGUCCCUACCUUUACUAACAGUGGAUCACCAGAAUUUCCUUCCCCCCAGCCCUUCUUGGAGAUGCCAGGGACUGACUUUCUGCAUGCAAAGCAAAUGCCAUGGGCCUUCCCCAUCCCUCCAGAUUGAACGCUUGCCCUUCACAUUCAGCACAACUCUUUGUCUGAUUCCCCUUUCUCACCCAUCCUUUCCAGUUUAAGCAGUAAAAUUCCUUUUUUUGGCUGAGAUCCAAAUCGAUUAUAUCAACUACAUUUUCCUAGUACUGUAAAUCGUCUCUGUAGAUAGCGCUAAGAAACCUGUGGCUCUUGUACGAUGUUGCUAGACUCCCAUUAUCCCUGAACAUUGGCUAUGCUAGCUGGGGUUCUUAGAAGUUGGAGUCCACAAGUAUCUGUUUGGCUACAGGUAUCCCUGUCUCCACUGUAGAGGAAGUACUUUAGAAGACUGUCCAUUACAUGAUUAUACCAGUGGUUCUCUACUGACCUCUGUUGCGUUACAUUGUAAUCAAACUCACCCAACAGAAGUCAGAUUCAGAAUGAGCAAGAUGUGAAUAAAAUAUUAUUUGUGUGUUUCAAUAAAUACUCAUUUACAGCUCACUUUUAUUUUACUUAUAGGAUUUCUACCAUCAUCUUACCACAUCUAGCUUCAAGGCAGCUUACAAUACAAAAUUAAAACUUUUUUAUUUAUUUUUUUAAAAAUCAAUAAAAACAAUAAAAACAGCAGGAGAAAAUAACACAGCUAAAAAGCUAGCGGGUAAAAUGAAUUAAAAUAGGGUGCCUAUUGUAGUGGCUUCUAGAUCUUACUGGGCUCCAGCUUACAUCAGCCCCAGCCAGUAUGGCGAAAGAUGACAGCAGUAGCUCAACAACUUCUGGAGGUCACUGUGGCAAAGUUAUGCCUUGCCCUAACCUCAAGUUCUCUAGAUGAUACUCAAGUUCUCUAGACCUCCCUGACAUCCCCAGUCCAGUGCAGAAGCUGAGGACAGAUUGUGGUCUGGUAGGAUAGAAAGACCACUGUGGCAGGAACUGACACUAUCGCAACCCCAUCUCCCAACUUUUAACCUUCUUGGCUACUGUAGUCUCUGAUUAGCUGCUGGGAGCCAUCUGUCAAUCACAACCCACCUGGGUCAAGAGCCCUUGAAAGUAGCAUAUUGCUAACAUUCCUUUGUCCCUUAUCCCACAACCAGCUCCUGAAGCUACCAACUUGAAUGAUAACCAUAAGAGUAAGGUUUGCUAUGUUCGCUUGCUUAGGAUAGGAUCAUCUAGGCCAGUACUGUGCAUACUCUCUGUUUCCCCACUUUCCCUCCUUUUUAAAUACUCCUCCAUAAUAAACUGCUUAAUUGGAUUUCUGAGCUACACUGUAUUCUGGAAACACUCAAUGCCUAUCUUUCCCCCCAUGUUACUAAGACUGGACUAUGCUACUGGUCUAAAGUUCCUGGGAGUGCAGGAGGGAUGAUGGGCUAAAAUAGCCAGGUAGGAGAUGGAUUUCUGCUGGCAGUCCCCUUACUCCCAAGACAGCCACCAUAAGGUAGUAGGUAUUUUGCACCCCUUACGCCAGGUGGCAAAUAAGUGGCCGGGAGAGAAAUAUGUAGGAUGGGUCACCUGUUGCUAGUGAGCUCCCCUACAUGGUUGGGUCUGGCCAUCCUUCACAGGCACCACAUUGGCUAUUAUCCCUGAAUCAAAACAUCAAAAUCAUGAAAAGCAAAAAAGGGCCAAAAAUCUUAAAAGCCAUUUAAGGCAUGAGAGAAAAAGGAUUUUUCUCUGUUACCUAAAACAGAGAGGUCAAAGAAGAUAUCAGUUUCAUCAUGUGUUUAGAGAAGGAAUUCCAAAAUUUGGUGGAACCACCCCAAAAACAAAAGCCAAUUAAGAAAGCCCGACAACACUAGCAAAGAGAGGAAGAAUUCUUAAUAGUAACACUGUUAAUUAUAGGAAAAGAAGAAGAAUAACAAAUAAUUGCUCUCAACUCAAGACAAUAAGGAAUUUCGUAGUAAGCGAGCACGCAGAAGUAUUAGAAUUGUUGGGGAGAGAUGUUUUGAAGAGGGAUGAAUCCUUGCUUGCCAGCAGCACAAAAGCAUUAAGCUUUAGAGAAUUAUGUGGUCCUUUUGAAAGCUUUUAUGCAGCUCGGAAAUUAAGCAGUAAGAUAACAGGUAGGAUUAAAUGCAAACAGGACCACAGUAAGGCACACUUUGAAGGAACAACGCUAACUGGUUGUAGGAGCUUGUGAAUUAGCCCCUUGUGAGUCAAGGAGGGGCAUGAUUCUAUAGAACUGUGAUGUUGGGGUCGUGAGCACAACCUCCCCCAGGAGGAAACCAUCAUACAUACUGGAAGGUGCUGAGGGCUGUGGUGGACUGGAGCUCCAAAGCAACGAAGGCAAUCUAUGGCAAAUGAUGCAGCAGCCUGCCCAGCGUUCUGCACCAAGAGCUAAAGAGCUGCUACUCUUGUUGCCAUAGCAACUGGAGCAACAGAAAGUAAGAUUGACAGGUGGGAGCAGCAAGGCAAGUAGCACCAUAGCGACAGAGAUGUAUCAUGUGGCCCCCUCCGAACUUGGAAAGCACAAGGGGAUGUAGAGAGAUAUGGGGAUUGCCCGAAAGUAUUCAAACCUUGGAAUCUUUAAAGGCAAACAUGAGAAGGCUAAAGCAGAUUCCUCAAUGGUGCUUGGGGUGCCUAGGAGACUGGAGGGCAAAGAGGAGGAACACAGUGAAGGCAACCCUCUCCCCAUGAAAACUGUGGGAAGCAGAGGCUCAAAGGCUCUUGACACCUGAGCUAUGCAAAAUAGAAGCUGAAAGGCACAUUUACAAAACUUUAAAAAACAACAACACCCUCUUCCACUCUUGGUUCAGCAUUUUAGCUCAAGAGAAGAUUCCUGGUAAGGUAGCUGUAGAGCUGGCAUCGGGAAGCCCCCUAUUGACAUUGUCCCCUGUAGGCACAGUAUAGAUUUGGUUAACACAAAUUUGGUUCUGGAGAAUCCUGUGUGGACAUGGCCUCAGAGAUACUAAAUUGUGAAGAAAAGGAAAAACCUAUAACAAGCAAUGAGCUAACGAAGUGUUCUUUGUUCUCACUGACUAGCUCAGUGAAUUUGGGUCAGCUUAUCUCCAAGGAAAUAUCCAGAAGAAGCAACAUAAUAUAGUCACUGAAGGGAUGGACAAACAUAAACACAUUGGAUCAGACUAAAAUAGAACAGUAUGCAUCUUUUUUUUCCUCAGCGGUGGCUAACCAGAUGCCUCUGAAAGUUCACACGUAUGCAUGCAAGUAUUGACCACCCAAUAAUGAAUGUUCCCUGGGUGGUUUACAUGUAAUAAUUAAAACCACCAGCCAUGACUCUCAUUGAACAAAUUGUUGUAAUAUAAUAUGUAUUUUACAUUUGGAGGAUUGGAUGGCGGCUAACAGGUUGAGGUUGAAUCCUGACAAGACAGAAGUACAGGUGGGUGUGGGGGACUCUCUGGUCCUGAAUGGGGCAACUGCACCCCUGAAGGACCAGGUGUGCAGCCAGGGAGUCAUUUUGGACUCACAGCUGUCCAUGGAGGCGCAGGUCAAUUCUGUGUCCAGGGCAGCUGUCUACCAGCUCCAUCUGGUAUGCAGGCUGAGACCCUACCUGCCUGCAAACUGUCUUGCCAGAGUGGUGCAUGCUCUAGUUAUCUCCCGCUUGGACUACCGCAAUGCGCUCUACGUGGGGCUACCUUUGAAGGUGACUCGGAAACUGCAAUUAAUCCAGAAUGCGGCAGCUAGACUGGUGACUGGGAGCGGCCACCGAGACCAUAUAACACCGGUCUUGAAAGACCUACAUUGGCUCCCAGCACGUUUCCGAGCACAAUUCAGAGUGUUGGUGCUGACCUUUAAAGCCCUAAACGGCCUCGGUCCAGUAUACCUGAAGGAGCGUCUCCACCCCCAUCGUUCAGCCCAGACACUGAAGUCCAGCGCCGAGGGCCUUUUUGGUAGUGGCGCCUGCCCUGUGGAACGCCCUCCCAUCAGAUGUCAAAUAAAUAAACAACUAUAUGACAUUUAGAAGACAUCUGAAGGCAGCCCUGUUUAGGGAAGUUUUUAACAACUAAUGUUUUAAUGUAUUUUUAACAUUCUGUUGGAAGCCAUCCAGAGUGGCUGGGGAAACCCAGCAGAUGGGCAGGGUAUAAAUAACAAAUUAGUAUUAGUAUUAGUAUGAGUAUUAUACAUUAACACACAGUUUUGAGGAAGACAAAAGCAUUCUCUUUUCAUUGAAAAACAGCUGAUAUUAUUAGCCUUUGAGGCUAUUGUCCAUUGAUACAAAUAAUGUAUUUAUUGUUUGUUUCCAGACGAGUAAGGCUAUCUCCAAGGGAGACUUUCACCUGGCAAGUUCUGCGUCCCGGCGAGCACUAUUCCUUGCUGCGCUCUCUAUCACCAUUGGCACAGGAGUGUAUGUUGGAGUGAUUGUAGCACUGAUUGCUUACCUAUCUAAAGGUGGCCACGUAUAG